CAGAGAGUGAGAAGCUUUUGUUAGAAAGUCAAGAUCCCCAUCGAUCGCCGGCAGGAAAAUGAACAGCCGGGUUGAAGAAACGGUGGUGAUCAUCGUCGGUGCUGGUCCAUCCGGCCUCGCCACUGCCGCUUGCCUGUACCAACUCUCAAUUCCAUACAGAAUCCUUGAAAGGGAAGACUGUAUUGCUUCAUUAUUCAACAAGAAGUCAUACCAUCGGCUUCACCUCCAUUUAGCCAAAAAGUUCUGUCAGCUUCCUCACUUCCCUUUUCCUGAAACUUUUCCGACUUAUGUCUCCAGAGCCGAUUUCUUGAAAUACUUGGACGAUUACGCAUCUCAUUUCAAUAUUAAGCCUAUCUUCGGGAACCUCGUGCAGUUUGCGAAGUACGACGAAGAUAGAAAGAGAUGGAAUGUGGAGGCGAAGAGAAUUGGUGGUCAGAAUGCGGAGGAAGAGGUACAAUGUUAUGAGGGGAGGUUUUUGGUUGUGGCUACCGGAGAAACCAGCGAUGUUUUUAUACCGGAGGUGGAAGGGUUGAGUGAGUUUAAAGGUGAAGUUAUUCAUUCAACGGAAUAUAAAUCCGGCGAUGUAUACGAAAAAAAGAAGGUUUUGGUAGUCGGAGCUGGAAAUUCCGGCAUGGAAAUUGCACUUGAUCUAGCUAACCAUGGUGCAAAAACCUCCAUUGUUGUCCGAAGUCCGAUUCAUAUCGUAUCAAGAUGGUCAGUAAAUCUUGGAUUGAUGUUAUUGAAGUUCAUACCGCUAUAUUUGGUGGAUUCGUUGUUGGUAUUGCUGAGUAAGUUAACGUAUGGAGAUCUAACAAAAUACGGGAUCCAAAGGCCGAAAGAAGGUCCUUUUUUUCUCAAAGUAAGAGAUGGUAAAUACCCUGUCAUCAAUGUUGGUACCUUCAAAAAGAUAAAGUCUCGUGAGAUACAGGUAUUGCCUGCUUUAAAAAGCAUAAAAGGUGGAGGAAAUGAGGUUGUUUUUGAGAAUGGGAAAUGCCAUCAAUUUGAUGUAAUUUUGUUUGCUACUGGGUUUAAAAGAUCAACCCAUUUAUGGCUUCAGGGAUAUGAUUGUCUUUUAAAGAAAGAUGGACUACCAAAACUAAUAUUUCCAAACCAUUGGAAAGGAGAGAAUGGCCUUUAUUGUGUUGGGCUUGCAAGACGAGGCCUAUAUGGAGCUGCCAUGGAUGCUCAAAAUAUAGCUGAUCACAUUUUUAAUCUAAUCUCAAACUAAAAUCACUAUCUUUGAUUGAAAAAUAAAUAUAUUUGAUAGCUGGUUUUGUUUUAUUACUGUUUAGUAACACUUGUGUUUGUGUUUGUGUUUGUUUUAUCUUAAUUAAAAUACAAUUAUGCAUGCUGCAUUUGUCUAUAUAAAAC